CCCAGGCGGCGCGGGGAGGGUCGUGACGCCCCUUCGUUUUCUCAGCCGCGCUCCCCAGUUUGCGAGCCGUAAGCCCGCCCGUCUUGGCUGGUUCCCCCGUAGGAAACAGGGACCCUUUACCUCUUGACUGGUGGUGGGGCUGUGUUUUCUUGAAGUUUUUCAGUCUCCCUUUAAGCAGAAGAGCCAUUUCUGGGAGAAUAAGGAGCCGGGGGGUGGGUUUCUUGCUGGUAGAAGUCGCAGUAGGGGUCGCGGCUCCUUAUGGAACAAAGCUGCUUCCCGGGACGGUAUUAAAGGGCCGCUGAGAGGGUUUCAGCUACUCCCUUCGGUUUUGCUGGGCCCCGACUGACCAUGGAGGUGCUGGACAGUGGGGAGCAGAACCUGUUCCAGUGGGAUCGGAAGUUGAGUGAGCUGUCGGAACCGGUGGACUCCGAUGCCCUCCUCUACAACACGCACUUCACAGAACUCCUUGAUGAUUUUUCUCAGGACGUUUUGGGGCAGCUCUUGAAUGAUCCGUUCCUGUCUGAGAAAAAUGAGGUGAUGGAAGUGGAGCUAUCACCAGUUUCUCCAGCUCCCCUCAUCCAGGCAGAGCAUAGCUAUUCGCUUUGUGGGGACUCUCGGCCCCAGUCACCACUGACCCAUAUUUCAGCUGAUGACAAUUUCAAUGAAGCUGACUUGGAAAAUGAAGACUGGGGCCUGGGAUCAGAGCUGACAUCAGCCAACAUAAAGACAGAACCGGCGGUGGCUGAAGCGCCUGGCCUUGCUCCGUCAGGCAGUCUUACUGCUUCACCCAACCCCACGAUCCUGGAGCAGGGAGAGCCACUGCUGCAGGAUGAUGGCAUGACUAAAUCACAGAGUCACAAAGUUCUUCCUGAGAUUAAACUGGAGCCACAUGAAGUGGAUCAAUUUUUGAAUCUUUCAUCCAAAGAAGUGGUGGAUACCUUGCACAUGCCCCCAACUCCUCCCAGCAGCCAUGGCAGCGAUUCUGAGUGUGGACAAAGCCCAACCCGGUCCCUCCCACCAUCAAGUCCCACCCAGUUACAGGCCACUGUUAAAGUUACUUCACGCACAGCUUCAGCCCUCACCAAUUCACCUCUCUUAACAGCACCGCAUAAACUGCAGGGCACAGGUCCCCUUAUCUUGACAGAGGAGGAGAAGAGAACUUUGAUAGCAGAAGGAUAUCCCAUCCCUACCAAACUUCCCCUCACUAAAGCAGAAGAGAAAGCCCUCAAGAAGAUCCGCAGAAAGAUCAAGAACAAGAUUUCUGCCCAAGAAAGCAGGCGGAAAAAGAAAGAAUACAUGGACAGCCUGGAGAAAAGGGUUGAGUCCUGCUCAACUGAGAACAGUGAGCUUCGCAAGAAAGUGGAAGUUCUGGAGAAUACAAACAGAACACUCCUGCAGCAAUUACAGCGGCUCCAAACCAUGGUAGCUGGCAAAGUGUCACGCUCAUAUAAAGCUGCUAGUACACAAACAGGGACAUGUCUCAUGGUUGUAGUAUUAUGCUUUGCAAUUAUUUUGGGCAGCUUUUCACAGAGUUAUGGGCCUAAUUCCUCCAUCACAAAAGCUGUGCUGCCAACCCAACAUUCUACACCAGAGUCAUAUACAGCAUCUAUAGUGAGGUCAAGGAGCCUGCUGACUUAUGAGGGUCCUUAUCCGCUGGAGGAACAGCCCUUCUCAGAUCACAGCAAUGGCUGGGACAGGCACCUGGAGGCUUCCAAAGCCCUGUCUUUGGAACCUGUGUCCAGGUCACAACCCAAUCAGGUUACGGAGAUCACAGUAGCCAAUGAGACAAGGCUAGAGAAGUCAGUGCUGGUGGGGCUGCAGCAGCACAGAGUCAGUUCAGAGCUGGAUGCAAAUGAAACAUUAAAGAUCGUUGAAAUUGAGAGAAGAGUCAACGCUACAUCUUAGGAGAAAGGAACAUUUCCCCCCUUAUAUCUUCAUCUUUUUUCCAACCAAAAAAUCUGAAGGACUUGCCACUGUCAGUAAAUCUCAAUGGCAAGAAUGGAGCACUUGUGUUAUUUCUGUAAUAACAUGUGAGAAAGUGGCUUUGGUUGGCUAUUCUCCAACAUUUCUAAUUCUCACCUGUUAGUUUGCCGUUUCAAUCCUGCACCCAGGAAGAUGGUGUUGGUGGAAAGAUAUGAUAAAGGCAGACCUUUUGAACUACUUUCUUGCCCCAAUGUUUUAGAAAAAAAGUAGCUGUCAUGCCUGAGUUCUGCCAUAGUAUUCAUUGUGGGAUGAACUAUGUUGAUGCUGUUUUUAAUGCCACUAGUGAUAGGGUGUUGCCUUCAGUGAAAAGCUCCUCCUGGGGCUUCCAUGAUCAUGGUGAAGCAGAAGCAUAACCAAGGAACUUCUUUUUCUACCUUCUCUAGAAGAAAUGGACUGUAGACAUGUUCUUUGUUGUACCUUAGUGGGCAAGAAUGAGGAGUUCUGACAAAACAUUUUGGUUUUGCUAGACUCAGAGGUUUCAGAAUUCCUUUCCUCCUAUGACGACAUCUUUGUAAAAACUGAAAAGGUUUGGGAUCGUCCUUCAGUACAUUAGCUUAAUUUUUCCCAGUCUGAUGACUUCUAGCUGUGUUGUGACUACAACCCCCAGAAUUCCCAGUAAGCCUGGCUGUAGAGAAUGUGUACCAGGUUCUCAUAUGGAUAAGGCCUCUGGUUGCUUAUAUUUUCCUAAAUCUUAUAUUCUCCUGUAUCUUUCUUUUGUAAAUAGUAUUUAUUAGGGUUUUUUUUCUAUGAUCCAAGCUGGAAUAGGAUAUAAGAUCCUUCAAAUGAUCUUGUGGAUUUUGAAAAACUUCCAAAACUUCUUUUAGGCUCCAGGCAUUAAACUUUUAAAAGUUUUAUCUAAAUAAGAUUUUUUCCUACUUCCUAACAUGUUAUUUUGUCUUCUCAGUUGUACUUAUUCUUAAAUUGGCUGUUGCUCUGAAAACCAGCAAAGAUUCCAGUCUCCAGCAAGUUCCAAAUAUUAUAAUCUUAAAUGAUCAGAACUUUUUGGAGGGAAUUAUUAGUAUGGAUAUGUUAAAAUAGCACCUCCUCUAUAAAAUUGCAUGAGACCCUUCAUAAAAUAAUUACUUAUAUGUUUAGAGUUCAAAAAAAUAAUUUCUCCAAAUCACUUUCUAGUGGGGGAUUUUGCAAAUAUCAAACCUGGACAACAGUGUUUAUUUUCAUGCACUGUAUUAUUCAUGAUGUGAUCAUUGAUUCCAGAUGUCUGUAGCUAAUAGAUUUUAGAGGCUGGUGGGUGGGCUCUAAAAGAAGAGGAUGUUAUUUUAAACUCUAUAUUUAUGGAAAUCAAUUAUGGGGUUGUGAUGCUUUUAAUAAUUGAGUAGUGUGUAGACAGUGUAUUUCUUUUGUUGUAUAUAUGCUUUGUAUUCACUAUUUUUUAUUGUGCAAAGUAAAGUAUUUUAACUAGUUAA